CUGUGGUCUGAGGAGGGGAAAAAAAUCAUCCUGUACCUGUAUUUGAUUGCUCCUCUGCAUGCAAUACAGCGAGCAGACAAUGAAUUUUAAUGGCAUGUUGUUGUGUAAAUAAGAUCAAGUAAAGCUAUUUCACUUUUUGAUUAAAAAAACCCUUAAGUAUUGACCCCUUCUAUAUGAACACUAUCCCUAAAUUACUUAGUAUGACAAUUACUGUACGUGUUAUGAUACGUUGCUAUGAAUAAAAUAAAAAUGUUCAACCUUCUUAAGGCCAUGGAGGGAUUCCGUAGAGGGAAGAUAAUAGUAGGUGAGACUCUGUCAGGUGUGUCACUGUCACCCUCUCAUGCUGCCCUGCUUUGAUUUGUCUUGCAGUGUUUACUCAGGUCAUCAGUCCAUCCUGAUUCCUCCGUUUGAGCUGGAGACCUGCUUGUCCCUGUGGCUCAGCACGCUCAGUCAGUAUCGUGUCAGAGACACCUUCUGCUCCUACUCCGUCAUGGAGUUCUGCACCAAAGGACUGGGCACUCAAACGGAGUUGCUCAAGGCUCGUGGCGUCAACCUGUCGUGCGUGCGAAGCUGCGUGGUGAUUGCAGAGGAGCGCCCUCGUCUGGCCCUCACACACUCUUUCUCUAAGCUGUUUAAAGAUCUGGGGUUGUCAACCAGGGCUGUCAGCACCGCUUUUGGAUCCAGGGUUAACCUGGCUGUCUGUCUGCAGGGUACCACUGGUCCUGAUCCUUGUACAGUGUACGUGGACAUGAAGUCGCUUCGCCAUGACAGGGUGAGACUGGUUGAGAGAGGAGCUCCUCAGAGUCUUCCACUGAUGGAGUCUGGCAAGAUAUUGCCAGGCGUUCGAGUCAUAAUCGUGAACCCAGAGACCAGAGGGCCGCUCGGAGACUCUCAUCUCGGAGAGAUUUGGGUAAACAGCCCUCAUAAUGCCAGUGGUUACUACACAAUCUACGGAGAGGAAAGUCUUCAGGCCGACCACUUUAACACCAAGCUGAGCUUUGGGGACCCGCAGACCUUAUGGGCCAGAACCGGAUACUUGGGCUUUGUGAAGAGGACCGAGCUCCUGGAUGCCAGUGGAGAUCGGCAUGAUGCUCUUUUUGUGGUGGGAUCGCUGGGCGAGACCCUGGAGCUCCGUGGGCUUCGCUACCACCCCAUUGACAUUGAGACAUCCGUGUCUCGUGCCCACCGCAGUAUCGCUGAGAGUGCUGUGUUUACAUGGACCAACCUACUGGUGGUGGUGUCGGAGCUGUGCGGUUCAGAGCAAGACGCGCUGGACCUGGUGCCCUUGAUUACAAACGUGGUCCUGGAGGAGCACCACCUCAUUGUGGGCGUGGUUGUCAUCGUGGACCCCGGGGUCAUUCCCAUCAACUCACGGGGGGAGAAGCAACGCAUGCACCUUCGGGACUCAUUUCUGGCCGACCAGCUGGAUCCCAUUUAUGUCGCUUACAACAUGUAAGGGUUGGUGGCGGUCCAGGCCUGCUGGCGUGUGACUGGACCCGUCCUGUUUGAAUGGUCACUGUGUUUUAUUGACGUGCAAAUCAGUCCGAAGCAGGAAGACGAAACCGCCAGGAGCGUUUCGUUAUAAAAGGCCCCCUCCAAAAAAGUUGAAUUGCCCUUCCUAUGUAAAGGGCCUUUCACACAGGACCACUUUGGAAAUUCCAUGUUAUUGCCUUUAUUAGUAUAUACACGGUAUAUAUAUUUAAAAAGAACAAUCUACCUGCUAUAUAGUUAGUUACCACAAACCUUUUGAAACACUUGUGGUGACACUGAUUCCAAGAGCUACUACUCAACUUGAAAUCUUUUUUACAUGCAGCUUUCAAACAAAUGCACACACGCUUGUGUUGAGCCUGUCUUUACCCUCAAUGGUGUCGGAAAAAAAAGCAAAUGCAGCUUGUUUCAUGCUGCGUUCAACCUUGGCACGUUUGAAUCGUUUAAAAGGAACUUUGGUGCAGUUACUCUGCUAGAAAGGAUCGUUCGAUUAAUUCCAAACUUAAUCAUCUGAACCCUGGUGUGCACCAAACAGGCGUAGAUGAGACUCGGCCUGUUCUUUAAGUGAACUCUGGGGUGGUUCUUUCGCAAAAGUGAAUGCUACAAGAACCAAAGACACAGACCGGUGUUGAAAUGAUAACAAAAGUAAUGCAAAAAUGACAAAUAUGUGAGAAAAUGUGUUGAAAGUUCUCUCACUGUGUGUUUGCGAUAACUGCUCUUUAAGGUACAUUUUAGAGGCUUUUGGUAAAAUCUAAAAAGGUGUUUUGGUUGUGAAUAUGUGAGUUUUGUCACAUAUUAAUGUCAUGAAAACAAGUCCCUACUUUAUGCUUAUGUUCUUUACUGCGCGGCCUUUGGUGCCAUGACAAAAAUAUACGUGUGAACGCUAAAAGAGCCGCACCAAAGUAUGCACCGAGUUUCUGUUUUUGAUCAUUGGUCCGGACCAGAGCAACAAACCACAAUAACAUGUCAUGUUUGAUUAAGCGGAAUGACUGAGAGUUUAGGUUGCAGUCUUCUUACAUGUGAACUUUGGUGUGGUUUACUUCACUUGAGCAGAAAUUGAACGCUACACAGACCAAAGACAUGGAGAUGUGUUAAACUGACAGCAAAAAUUGUGUAAAAAAAUGACAAAUAUGUAUGAGAAAAGGCUGUUUCUCUGCCUUCUUUCUUUGUGUGCACUCUUUUAAAGUUUUUCAGAAUAUUUUGGUGAAAUUUAAGCUGGUAAAAACAUUCCUAAAUAUUUUAAUAUAUAUUAUAUAUACACUAUAUUGCCAAAAGUAUUUGGCCAACCAUCCAAAUGAUCAGAAUCAAGUGUCCUAAUCACUUGGCCCGGCCACAGGUGUAUAAAAUCAAGCACUUAGGCAUGGAGACUGUUUCUACAAACAUUUGUAAAAGAAUGGGCCGCUCUCAGGAGCUCAGUGAUUUCCAGCGUGGAACUGUCAUAGGAUGCCACCUGUGCAACAAAUCCAGUCGCGAAAUAUCCUCGCUCCUAAAUAUUCCAAAGUCAACUGUCGGCUUUAUUAUAAGAACAUGGAAGAGUUUGGGAACAACAGCAACUCAGCCACAAAGUGGUAGGCCACGUAAACUGACAGAGGGGUCAGUGGAUGCUGAAGCGCAUAGUGCAAAUAGGUUGCCGACUUUCUGCAGUCAGUUGCUACAGAGCUCCAAACUUUAUGUGACCUUCCAAUUAGCCCACGUACAAUACGCAGAGAGCUUCAUGGAAUGGGUUUCCAUGGCCGAGCAGCUGCAUCUAAGACAUACAUCAUCAAGUCCAAUGCAGAGUGUGGGAUGCAGUGGUGUAAAGCACGUCACCACUGGACUCUAGAGCAGUGGAGAUGCGUUCUCUGGAGUGAUGAAUCACGCUUUUCCAUCUGGCAAUCUGAUGGACGAGUCUAAGUCUGGAGGUUGCCAGGAGAACGCUACAUUUCGGACUGCAUUGUGCCGAGUGUGAAAUUUGGUGGAGGAGGAAUUAUUGUGUGGGGUUGUUUUUCAGGAGUUGGGCUUGGCCCUUUAGUUCCAGUGAAAGGAACUUUGAAUGCUCCAGGAUACCAAAACAGUUUGGACAAUUCCAUGCUCCCAACUUUGUGGGAACAGUUUGAAGCGGGCCCCUUCCUCUUCCAACAUGACUGUGCACCAGUGCACAAAGCAAGGUCCAUGAAGAAUUUGAUGACAGAGUCUGGUGUGGAUGAACUUGACUGGCCUGCACAAAGUCCUGACCUGAACCCGAUAGAACACCUUUGGGAUGAAUUAGAACGGAGACUGAGAGCCAGGCCUUCUCGACCAACAUCAGUGUGUGACCACACCAAUGCGCUUUUGGAAGAAUGGUCGAAAAUUCCUAUAAACACACUCCGCAACCUUGUGGACAGCCUUCCCAGAAGAGUUGAAGCUGUAAUAGCUGCAAAAGGUGGACUGACUUCAUAUUGAACCCUAUGGGUUAGGAAUGGGAUGGCACUUCAAGUUCAUAUGUGAGUCAAGGCAGAUGGCCAAAUACUUUUGGCAAUAUAGUGUAUAUAAUUUACUUAUACAUAUUAAUAGUAUUAUGUUAUUUUAUAUUUGCAUUUUGAUUUGGAAAAUGUGAGUCACAUCCUGUAAAGUGUAACAAAAGUGUGAACUGUGAGCGGAACCGCACCAAAGUAUCACCAACAAUCUUUACAUUUCUGGUCCCAACCAAGUACCAAACCACAAGUGUGAACGCAGCCUCUAUAGUCUUAGUUAUUUAGCUUACAUGUCCUAAGAUAUUAAAAGCCAAAUCUUUUCACAGCUUUCCUGCCCUAAUAUACACUAUUUCCUGCCUUAUAAAAAAGUUAUACAUUCCUCUUUCAUUGGAUUGAAUCUAUUUUUAAAGGCAGUUUGUUUUCCUUUGGCUUUAAUCGGAAAUCCUGAUGAGACAACCAAAGGAUGCAAAUAAAAGAGGCUUCUAUGUCAAAAGCCCUCUUUGUAUUUUAGAUACACUUAUGUAACUAUAAAGAUGUUUUUAAUUGUAUAAAUUGUAUAAAACUCUACUUUCAUCUACUGAUUGAUCCUAGGUGGUUGACUAACUUGAAUCGGCUGGGAGAUGAAGAAGACUGUAAAUAAGAUUAAAGAGCUAUGACGGUACUUGCAAUAGUAGUCACGUGAUGGAAGGUUAUGAAUAAUAAACCUGUAAAUCAUUGUUAUAGACACGACACAUAUGUUGCACUUUCUUCCAAAAAAUAUAUAUUUUAUUACAACAAUGAGAUAUUCUAACUAAUAUUUCAGGAAAGUUGUAUUGCGUUUAAGGCCAUAAAAAAUAUAAAAGCACUUAAAACGCGCCUUUCUACGCGCUUUACUGUACACCGUCGCCUUGUCCGGCCAAUCACACGCUGAGCACGAGCACGGUAUCUAACCAGCUCAAACGCGCAGGAGCAAGUACUUUAUGAAUCCAACUUUUUACAGGCUGCAAGGUUAUUCAUGCAGAAUAUGUUCAUCAAAUUAGUUUUUGGAUUGCAUCAUUUCGCCAUGUUGUUGUUUGGAGUUGGAGAUUAGCACAUGGGGGUUCUUCACUGGAUUCAGUCUCUAAAUCUCGUAAGCACGAGUAGCAAAAAGCACGGUGGAGAUCCAUUUCAUUGACUGAAAAAUAUGAUUUUCAUCAAGAAGCAUGUGCAAAUUGUAAUUUGGUGUACUUUUCUUGUGCUCUUUGCCAUCAUAUGUAGGCUCUUUGUACUGGACAACAUAGUAUCUGUGUUAAACCCUAACUUUUAACAUGUACAUAUUUUUUGUUAGACUUUACGUCCCAUUACAAUGUGACUGACAAUGUUGGAAAAAUCCUUGCAAGAUAUGUUAAUUACCUUGACGCUUAUAUCAAUAUACGCCACCUAACAUUAGCUAAAACGUUAGCUAAAAACUCCACUGAACUGGAAUUGGAGGAAAAACAGGAUACAAUCUAAACCACAAGGACUUAGAGCAGGGGUGUCAAACUCAUUUUACAUCGGGGGCCACAUGGAGAAAAAUCUACUCCCAAGUGGGCCGGACUGGUAAAAUCACGGCAUGAUAACUUAGAAAUAAAGACAAUUUCAGAUUGUUUUCUUUGUUUAAAAAUAGAACAAGCACAUUCUGAAAAUGUACAAAUCAUGUUGUUUUUUUUUACUUACAUGUUGCUGUUAAUAGUAUUCUACCUUUAUCUGUCGUUAUCUAUACUUCCUGAUAAACGAUGUGCUAAUGUUCAUAAGUCAACACAUAGGUGUUCAUUUUCAAUCUAUCAAGAUAAAAAAAAUAUCAAAAUCAAAUUACAGAAUGGUAUUAAUGUAGUUUGCUCAUUUUCCUCGACUGGUGCACUAACAUCAUCUGGUUUAUUUUUUUUUACAUAUGUAGCAUCAUCUACAAAGAUACAAAUAAUUGCUAUUGCGACAUCUAGUGGACACAUUUAGAACAGCGGUUUCUUUCAUUCAAAAAUUUUGGCUCAUUUUUUUACUUAGCAAAGGCCGUACAUUUGACACCCCUGAUUUAGAAGCAUAUGUCAUGAAUAAUUUCACAAAACAAAACGCGGAUGCGACAAAUUUACAGUAGCACUGUUUGAAAGCUAACACUCAGCCCUUCCAACCGCCGAAACUUCCCAAACAAGCAUCUUCAAUCACUCUUACCCGGUAGCAACACAAAGCGGUGCCGCGGUUUUCGUACGCCCUGCUUUACAUGAUUUGGUUUUUGACCAAAAUUUUCGCCAAAAUACCAUCUCGGUUGUCUUACAGCAGAACAAGCUAGUCCGUUUCCCCGCGGAAUUGAGGGCCCCAAAAACAAUUUGACACGUCUGCUUUUUUUUUGUUUGUUUUUGUUUUGGUGUACGACUGCAUUUACUCACUUUUACUAAAUCAGUUCUAUUUAUGCAGACAAAAUGUGUUGCUAGAGACGUUUCAGGGAUUUUCAGUCAUACUGCGCUCCAGAUGGGUGGUGUUAAAUUUUCAGAUUAAUAUUGAUGUUAAAAAUUAAUCCGCAUUAAAGCGUCAAUUCAUUUAAUACAUUUUUUGCAUUGUUUUUGGAAGUAAAGCUAUAAUUACUGUAUUCUCUUUAAAAAGAUUUGUGUUAAUAUUUCGGGUGUGUGUAACGGAUUAAUUGGACUUGCAUUAUGUAAAAAAUUGCUUCCGUUUUCCUCUUACUUUUUGGAACAGAUUACUACAGACGAUGGAGGUACCACCGUUCAGCAUGUACAUUUUCAUAUUUACAGCAAGCAUCAAAGUCUCCUUCUCUUUGUCACCAAUCUCAUCCGUGUAGAUUUAGAGAUUAAUUUAUUUUUUCUAGCAAGCCUCUAAAGCCCAGGGUUUAGGAGGUUAAUGGUGCAGCAGAGUGCUUAUCUCCAGGCAGAAGAGAGAAAAAUUAUAUAAAUAUAGAUAUAUAUAGACAUGUAUGUAUGAAAUAUUCAGGGAAUACAACUCAGCUAACCCAGGGAUGGUGGACCAGCUGGUCCCAUGGUGCAAACGAUGAAAUAAUAUUUAACACUGUCCAUGACCAUCUCCUGCAUUGCUAAGAAGUCCACAUUUUGGGAUUUUCCUGUUCUUUUUACGUCAACCUCUACACACACUAUGCAAAACUUGACGACAGUGCAAUUUUGUUGAAGUUUGCACAGUCUUGUGAACGACGCUUCUACAUUUUCUAAGUCACUGAUAACAUUGAAAUUUAUUUUUUUUAAUGACGAUAUUCACCUCUUGAGUUGUUCAGUUGAUAUUGUGUGUGCACCCCCUCAGCAUGUUGUAUAAAUAUUAAGUAUUUCAUGAAUUCUUAACUGGUCCAUGAACAUGUGAUUCUCCCUCACCCCCCUUAUUUACUUAUUUUAUCAUUUGCUUGGUUGUACCUUUGUUUUAUACUUUAUGUACAAGUAAUGCAGAAUAAAUUAAGAAAAGCAUUUAAUCUUUUGUAGUAGGUGUGUUGCAGUUUCCAUUGAUUAUUUUAUUGUAAACACACAAAGGGUCUUACUGCAAUGUUUUAAUGGCGUUUACUGGACAUUCUCCUUGGAUUGUGGACUUUAUGGAAGUUCCAUUCCAUAAAAUAAAAACCUUAAUUUAUGUCUUCCUGAGACCCAGCAAUGUAUUGUUAUUCUCUGUAACAGAUCCUAGCCGAGUCAUACCAAAGGCUACAAAAAAUGGGACCCAUUGCCUCCCUGCUUGGCACUGUCUGAUUGAUUGAUUGAUUGAAACUUUUAUUAGUAAAUUGCAGUGAAGUACAUAUUCCGUACAAUUGACCACUAAAUGGUAACACCCGAAUACGUUUUUCAACUUGUUUAAG